GGGCAACAAGGCUAACAGCAUCAGGGUCCUUAACGCUCUCUACCCCAUGGCUUUAGAGACUCUGGAACAAGCCUACCACAACGGAUACAAGGAUGCUAUUCAUUUCCUUCAGUGCAACAAUGUUGUCUCAUAUUUGAUGAUACACAAAGAGCCCCAAGGGCCCCUUAACUGUAACCAAAUAUGCAUGAAUCUGGAGACUGCCAUGGAGGAGAAGGAGGAGGAGAUGAAGGUGGAAAAGGAGGCCACUGCACUGACGUCUUUCAUAACCAAUAGACAUAUGCAGCGGGACAGCCCUACUGAGGAGGACGGAAAUCUACCAAUUAAAGAACCUCUUCUCCAUUUUGACAUGGUAAAGAAUGUUCUGCUGCCCAACGCGGUGACCUAUCUGAGCAUGUUUGGACUCCCUGCAAGAAUCUUGUCCCACCUGCUCUUACUUCUGCUGCCAUUUUACGCACUACUCCAAAGUAGGCACAGACUGGAGUUGUGGUUCAGCCAGGUGUCUGAGUUUGGGUUCUGGGCUUGGCAAGGCCUAAGACAUUUUACAUUCUUCUUUUUCAACACAUGUGUCUGUACCCUCAAGAAGAACAUACAAGACCGGGUGAUGCUCACCAUCCUGCUGUUGCAGUGGCUGAAUACAACACAAUUUCAGGCUCCAUAGAGGGACGCUACUCCUCAAUAUAACUUUCU